GAAAUAUUCCGCUGGUAUGAGUCUUCUGUAAUUCCUUUAUGACCUAUUUCUGAAUUAAGGUUUUUAGGCUAAUACCCUCGCUGCUUGGAAUCGCGGCGGCCUGAAUUCUGCUGCUGCUGCUCCCCCACCGCCGUCGAGAACCAAUGGCGGAAGAAGCGGUGCUUGGAUAUCUAGAAAACAACGAGGAGAUUUCGGAUUCUGGAAAUUUUGCGGAGGUGAAAGGAAUCAGCCACGAUGAGCUCGUCAAUGUUAUCAAAAGCCUCAACGGGUUUCGUCUCGUCGAUGCUCAGGAUAUCAAGAGGGAAAAAUGGGUGCUCACCAAUGAGGGGGAACUGUAUGCUAAAUAUGGAUCUCCUGAAGUACAACUAUUUUUAGCUGUGCCUCCAGAAGGUAUCACACGAGAAGAGUUGCAGAAAAUUGUUGCUUCACGUUUGCCAGAUGAUAUUGAGGAAAAAUUGAAGUCCUCCAUGUUCAAAAUUGGCAGCACACAGGCCAUAAAAAACAAAUGGAUUGAAAUGGGCAAGUUGAAAGUUUCAAGGAAGGUUCAACAUGUUGAGGACAGAGUGAAAGAAUUGCUUGUACAGAUUCAGGCUGGUGAGGCUGUUGGUUCUGAAGACAUUGAUGCUUUGAAGCGAAGAAAACUCAUUACUCCCCAGACAUGGAAAGGCUAUUCUGUAAAGAAGGGUCCGAAAUAUGCUCCAAAAAGGAAAAAGGUGGCCACUGAUUUAACUCGUGAGAAUCUACAAAGGGGUGAAUGGAAGGAACUUGAGUUUAAAGAGUACAACUUCCUUGCUAAAGGCCAGCCAACUGAAGGCGGCUGUCUCCAUCCAUUACUCAAGGUGAGACGCCAGAUUAAGAUGAUAUUUCUUCAAAUGGGGUUUGAAGAGAUGCCAACAAAUAAUUUUGUGGAAAGCAGCUUCUGGAAUUUUGAUGCACUUUUCCAACCCCAACAACAUCCAGCUCGGGAUUCACAUGACACUUUCUUUCUGAAAGAGCCUGCAACCACAAGAAGGCUGCCUGAAGAUUACGUUGCACGAGUUAAAAAAAUUCAUGAAUCUGGUGGCUAUGGCUCCAGGGGAUAUGGAUAUGAUUGGAAGAGAGAAGAAUCAGAUAAGAAUCUUUUGCGAACUCACACUACUGCUGUUUCCUCCAGGAUGCUGUAUGCACUUGCUCAGGGAGGUUUUGCUCCAAAAAGAUAUUAUUCAAUAGAUCGAGUUUUCAGAAAUGAAGCUGUAGAUCGCACUCAUCUAGCAGAAUUCCACCAGAUAGAAGGCUUAAUAUGCGAUAGAGGUCUCACCCUCGGACACCUGAUAGGAGUUCUCGAAGACUUCUUUUCUCGUCUGGGGAUGUCCGAGCUUAAGUUCAAGCCUGCCUACAAUCCAUAUACUGAACCGAGUAUGGAAAUCUUCAGUUAUCACGAAGGUCUACAAAAAUGGGUGGAAGUCGGGAAUUCUGGGAUGUUCAGACCUGAAAUGCUACUUCCUAUGGGGCUUCCCCAAGAUGUUCAAGUGAUUGCUUGGGGGCUUUCCCUUGAAAGACCCACAAUGAUACUUUAUGGGAUCGAUAACAUCAGAGAUCUCUUCGGCCACAAGGUCGAUCUGAGUCUCAUUAAAAGAAACCCGAUAUGCCGCAUUGGCCUCUAAUUGUUGGGACUCCACACUGCGAUUAUGAGAUUCAUUCAACAGAUGUGAUUCACUAGAAACCAACUAUGGAUUUUGAUGCCAGGAUAAUUUUUUGUUUUUCAAGACUGUUUUAUUUGCGAAGAACUGUUCAGACAAGGAUAUAUCUAUAUACACACUGAUCGAAUCCUUUGGCUAAGACAUUCGUGUUCUUUUGGUU